GGUUAAAAAUGUUGUCUCUAACAGACCCGAAAAGUAACAACCCUGUUCUGGCCUCACUUCAAAUCAAAACGUCGGAAAAAAUUAUCUCGGUUAAGGAAAACGGCAGCGCAGACUCGAACUUCAUUCUAACGCAUUUGAUAAAACAAAUUUUCUACGAAAAAAACAAAAUCCUGCUCAUCGGGUUGCAUAACACUUUAGAUCACUACCAAAACGUGGGUAAAAAGUUGGGUUAUGAUUUUAAGAAGAGCAUCGACGAUCAUCAGGCGGGAAUAAUAGAACCUUUGGAUGAUUUGACGCAGAAAAUAAUCGAAGACGAUGUGUAUGAGAAUAAAGAGGAACUGGUUAAAUGUUUGUUCGGGGAAAUACAAUCGCAGAUAGCGCUGCUAUCGGAAAGCACCACCCAACAGAUUUACCUCAUUGUGGACGAUUUAAGCCACCUGUUGGAUUUAGGGGUGGACAUCGCCCACAUAAUUUCGUUUAUUAAUUACUGCAACUCUCUUGUGGACACGGAAAACGUUGCGGUUGUCAUCAACACGCACGUGUGCAACAAAAUCGACGAAAUUAUAUCGAACACGCUGCAAUAUGUAUCGGACGUACAUAUAGAGGUGGCCUCUUUGAAAACGGGGCGUAGCACUGAUGUGACCGGAGUUAUCAACGUAUCCCGUGACGGUGGUACAAACCACUACCAAUACAAAACGUUUGAUAGGGGGGUGAAGACCUUCCAUCCUGGCCAAGCCAUUUUCAAUAUGUACAAGUAA